CCCCGCAUGAAGCUGCCUUUAAAUCCCCUCAGCCUUCCAACAGCAGCAGCUGCACUUGUGCGCAAAGAGCGAAGGAGCAGAGCCACAUUCCACCUCGUGUUUUCACCACUUCAACCCAAGUCGUUAAGAUGUCCACUAAGGAGAAGCUCAUCAGCCAUGUGAUGAAGGAGGAGCCUGUUGGUUGCAGGAACAAGGUGACAGUGGUCGGAGUCGGUAUGGUAGGCAUGGCGUCUGCCGUCAGCAUACUGCUCAAGGAUCUGUGUGAUGAGCUGGCCCUGGUUGACGUGAUGGAGGACAAGUUGAAGGGUGAGGCCAUGGACCUGCAGCAUGGAGCCCUCUUCCUCAAGACGCACAAGAUUGUGGCCGACAAAGACUACAGUGUGACCGCCAACUCCAAGGUGGUGGUUGUGACUGCCGGCGCCCGCCAGCAGGAAGGCGAGAGCCGCCUUAACUUGGUGCAGCGCAACGUUAACAUCUUUAAGUUUAUCAUCCCCAACAUUGUGAAGUACAGCCCCAACUGCAUCCUGCUGGUGGUUUCAAACCCAGUCGACAUCCUGACCUACGUGGCAUGGAAGCUCAGUGGCUUCCCCCGUCACCGUGUCAUUGGCUCCGGUACCAACCUGGAUAGCGCCCGUUUCCGCCAUAUCAUGGGAGAGAAGUUCCACCUCCACCCUUCAAGCUGUCACGGCUGGAUCAUCGGAGAGCACGGAGACUCCAGUGUGGCGGUUUGGAGUGGCGUGAACAUUGCUGGAGUUUCUCUGCAAAACCUCAACCCAAAGAUGGGCGCAGAUGGUGACGGUGAGAACUGGAAGGACGUGCAUAAGCAGGUGGUUGAUGGGGCCUAUGAGGUCAUCAAGCUGAAGGGCUACACUUCCUGGGCGAUCGGCAUGUCCGUGGCUGAUCUAGUAGAGAGCAUCCUUAAAAACCUGCACAAAGUUCACCCUGUGUCCACACUUGUCCAGGGCAUGCAUGGUGUGAAGGAUGAGGUUUUCCUGAGCAUCCCCUGUGUCCUGGGCAACAGUGGCCUGACGGAUGUCAUCCACAUGACGCUGAAACCUGAGGAGGAGAAGCAGCUGGUGAAGAGCGCUGAGACCCUUUGGGGGGUGCAGAAGGAGCUUACUCUGUGAGGAGCUCCUCUUUAAAACCUAAACUCUCCUGGAAAAAAGUCACAACAAACACUCUGUGGUUGAUCCCCGUCUACCUUACCUCUCAUGUCCUUCCCAGAGCAACCAGACCUCUGGAAAUCAUUAAAAAGCAAAGUGUUAGUAGCCACUCAAUGAUAGGGGUCACUCUUUUAUGAUAUCAUUUUGCUUUUCCACCCCCAACCCCCCAGCUGUCUCCGUCCAUCUGUGGCCAAGAAAUGUUUACCCCUGUAUUUAAGGUCAACCUAGUUUGGGUAAUGCAUACCUACUUACUACUCAGACCGCUGCAUAUUAGUUGGAUGUAUCUGUGUAUUGUCUAUAUGUUAGUCUUUUUUGGUGCUUUUUCUAUACACUCUGUGAUCCGUAUUAGUUAUGUGGUUGUAACUAGUCAUAAUUUUUUUUAUCCAAUUGGUAAUCUCUGUUUAUAAGAAGCAUAACAGAGGCAUUCCAUUCCCAACAAGUGAUCACUGCUUAGUUAGUCAAGACAACACUGCCACACUAAAUAUCACUAGGCCAAGGUCCUGUGAAACCAAAGUACUUAUGUUACUAUCAUCCUCUGAAGCAAAACUAACCACAAGUGCACUGAUGGGGAAGGUUUAAAGGUGGUGGUAGCCUGGCAUAGAUCAGAUAAGGGGGGAAAAUGACAACUGUUAAGAUUGUUGGUGCACAGAAAUGCCCAGAAGUUUUAUAUUUUACUCAAGAGAUAAAUUAUAUUAUCACAAAUGGCUAUAUUACAGAAAAUAUAUAUAAUGAUGCUGCAUUCAGAUUAUUUGUAUCGCUUACAGAGGAACUGUUCCUGUCAUGGCAGCUGGAUAUAUUUAUUUGCUGCAACAUCAAAUAAACCUGCCAGAAUAC